GAGAAUCGGAAUCGAGAAUCGUUAGGAACCGGAAUCGAAACGAGGAAUCGGAAUCGGAACCGGAAUCGUUCAAAUUCAAACGAUGCCCAACCCUAGCGAUAUCCCUCAUGUAUCUAACUCCCCCAACAACGCCUUCACACAUUCUCAAGCACGCCCACGGCCUGCGAGUGGCACGGACACGGCCCGCCUCAGGUACGCACAAACCUCGGGUUCCCACGCCGCGCGCAGCCUCUCUCUCGGUACCCCGGGGUAUUCCGGUUCCGGCAUGCUACUUCAGAACAGCAAAGCCCCCCUCCCCUCCAACCACAGCCUCAGAUUGUACCACAGACCCGCCUCCAGCCCCCCGCCAAGGUCAAGCCCAGGUCCCGCCCCAGGCCGAGAGCCCCGGAGCAGCCCGCGCGGACGCGGGCGGCGCUGCCGCCACCGCCGCCCGGCUGACGCACACAGACGUGGACGGCCGCGCCGCGAUGGUGGACGUGGGGGGGAAGGCGCCCACCGCCACCAUUCUCCUGGGCGCCGCCGCCUUCCGCCUGCUGCGGGACAACCAGCUGGCCAAGGGCGACGUGCUGGCCGUGGCGCAGCUGGCAGGCGUCAUGGCCUCCAAGCGCACGGCGGAGCUCAUCCCCCUCUGCCACCCGCUGCCCCUGGACCACGCCUCGGUGGGCCUGGAGCUGGACCCGGCGCGCCACGCCGUGGUGGUCACCGCCAGCUGCCGCACCACGGGCCGCACCGGCGUGGAGAUGGAGGCGCUGACGGCGGUGGCCGUGGCGGCGCUGACCCUGUACGACAUGUGCAAGGCGGUGAGCCACGACAUCGUCAUCACGGAGGUGCAGCUGGUCCACAAGACGGGCGGGAAGCGGGACUUCCAAAAUAUUUACAUUUAAAGUAGGCUACCUUUG